CUCCUACUCUGUUCCAUUCUGGGCUGGCAAGUCUGCUGCACCGCCUAAGCUGGCCACUCCCCCCCCCCCCAAUACUCUUCUCCCCAACCCCCAAAUGCCAGUUUUCUCCUGCAGUGCUGAUCUGGGCUUACUGGGGAUUCACUCUGGGCCUGGCCCAACCAAGUCACAUUUAUGUCAUAUCCGACCCUCACAACAAGUGAGUUCAACACCUGCGUGAUGGUGACUGUAUGAAGUCAGAAGUUAAGAAAGAGCAGAACUGUCAUUCUUUGCUUGGUUUUUUCCUGCCCUUUGUGUUCAUUUCUCAGACUGAUUUGUCAAAUUCCUUGAGUACGUCAAGCUUUACCCUGGAAAUCUCUACAUCCAUCAUCAUGUGUUCAUGCAGUCCUGCAUGGGGACUGCUCAGGCUGGCCCUGGAGAUAUGAACAAAAUUGUGAUCCCCUGCCUUCAUACAUAUUGGUGAUAGAAAUGGGAUUAUCAAAUUGCAGGUUUAUUUCAUAUCAUAUCACUGCCGACAAUAUAUAUGAAGGCAUCGUGAGGUGAAAAAUCUCCAACCUCCCAAGGGGGUUUCCAGUAUGAAUUUUAGUGGCACUUUGGAAGCAAGAUUAGGCACUGAGAUGUUUAACCAUUGGAGAACGGUGAGGAGGUUGUCUCUUGAGAAACUACCUUUGUGGCCUUUUAUCCAGGCGAGAGCUUUAUCAGGGGCUGAUGCUGUCAAUGCUCUGCGGCCAUUCUAUUUCGCUGUGCAUCCAGACUUCUUCGGGCAGCAUCCAAGAGAGAGGGAAGUCAAUGAAAAUUCUUUGAAGAGGUUAAAUGGAUAUUUGGAGAAUCUCCAGAAGCCAGGCUUUCGCUUCCCCUUUAAUAGCGCAAACCAACAAUCAUUUGGGACUUCAGGUUUUCGAGCAGUCAGUUUUACUUUGCGAACCAGAGAUCUGCUAAGCACAGUAUUGGACAUCCUGAACUCCUGUAGCUUAUCUACUGAGCAUGUCCAGAGCUUAUACAGCAAUGUGGAGACUGUGUCUAACCGGGGAGCACGAAGGGCAUUCCAACGGCCUAUUAAAUGGGACAAGACUUAUUAUUCUUUUACUGGGUUCAAAGACCCCGAGGAAGAACUCGAGCAGGCUCAGAGGAUGGAAACAACUCUGAGUUCCUGGUUAGAUAGUAAUGAAAAGAGUGCAGUAAAGAAGCUGAAGAAUAGCUUGCCGCUCCGGAAAGAACUGGACCGUUUGAAAGGUGAACUUUGUCAUCAGCUGCAACUCUCUGACAUUAGAUGGCAGAGGAGCUGGGGCAUUGCUCAUCGAUGUAGCCAGCUACACAGUUUAAGUCGACUGGCUCAGCAGAGCCCAGAAGCUCUAAGGAAUGCAAUAGGACGCACAGUGAUAUUCACAGACCGUUCGGGCAUGAGCGCAACAGGCUGUGUUAUGCUUGGAACCAUGGAUGUUCACCACCACUGGACCAAAAUUUUUGAAAGGUUGCCAAGUUACUCUGCACUUCAGAGGAAACUGCUGCUUUUGGAGGACCAUAUAAGCCACCUUCUGGGAGGCAUCCAAAUAACAUACAUCGAAGAGCUGCAGCCGAUGUUGACCCUGGAAGAGUACUAUGCUAUUCUGGAUGGCUUUUAUAACAGAGUAUGCAAUAGCAGGCUUCCGUUUCACCCUCGCAGUCUGCGUGGAUUACAAAUGAUUCUGGAAAGUGACAGGUAUGAGCCAAGCCUACAUGAACUUGGGCACUUCAUCAUACCGGCAGUCUGUGAUCCAGCAACCCUCCAAUGGUUUAUCAUCACCAAAGCCCAAGAAGCAAAGGCUAAUCUGGAAAGAAAGGAAGAAUUAAUGGUGCUUGAAAAGGAACUUAUCAAGGCUUCCACAGAGAGAUUCUCCCUUCUCCAAUUGUACAAGGAGCCCAGUGUUUCCAGCGUGCAAAUGAUCCGUUCUUGCAACAGACUGUUGAAAGAGUCACUGCCCUACCUGCAGGGCAUGCGGCUCUGCAUUUCCCAUUUCUAUUCGGUGCUGCAGGACGGAGACCUCUGUAUCCCCUGGGACUGGAAAAAGUGAUCUACCUGCCAAAAGUCUAUGUUCGUGUAAGAAAAGAGGAACAUAUUAAAUUACUGCAAGCCACAGCAGUCACAGAGUUUUUAUGUCAGUAUUUUGCAAAAAGUUUAAAUGCCUGUUGAUCAAAAAGGUUCAAAUGACCUGCUGUUGAAGGCAACGUGUUAAAAGGAUGCACAGUCUUAAAAGGCUUAUUAAUGAAAUGAUUUGUUGGAGACAGUGUCAUAGAAAACUUGAAUUAAAUCUAAAAAGCACAAAUGUGAGUUUUAUGUGAUUGUGAUCCUUGCCAGUAUGGAUUUUAAUAUAUAAGAACAUGUGCCUGCUAAUUUAAAAGUAGUGAUUGAAGCUUACCUAUGAUGCAAAUUUCCUUCUCGCUAGAGAAGGUAGGACUGUAAAAGCUGGAAUAUUCAAAUUUGAGGUCAUUGAUUGUUGCCAAUGAUCUAGUUACGCAUUCACAUAUAAAAUGUGUGUGUGUGUGUAUGUGUGUAUAUACAUAUAUAUACAUAUAUAUAUAGCAUGAUCACAGAAUAUUCUUUAGUAUAACUUAUUUUACAAAAUUAUUGUACAGCUUAAAGGUUUUUUAAUGUUAAAUGUUUAUUCUUUAGAUCAUCUACUUUGCACAUAACUUUUCAGAUAAAUUUGCAAAGAGCACUGAACUGCCUUGCACUUUCUCUUCCACAUGGGUUUUUCGAGCGGUUCCCCUUUUUAAAUUCUGAUUUGUGACUCUCUACGGGGACACUGGGGGGACUCCUGUCACUGCAGUCACAGCGUGCCAUGUUCAUACAUGUAUGUAAGCAAAUGCUGAAGAAUACCAGAGUUGUGUAAAGUGUCUAUAAAAGAGCCCCUCACUCUUUCCCCCCACUAGGACAUGCCCAUACCAACAGUGGGAAACCAUUUGGGCAGAUUACAGUCUAUCCUAUUGACUGUAUGUAUGAAAUGGAAACCAACAGGCUGAUUAUGUGAACCAAGAAAGUCAGAUCCCUCAAAUAAUUGGGAAUGAGCCCUUCUUGAAUUUAAUCUGUAUGUUGGUGUAGUGAUUGAUUGGUUGCACUACUGUCAAGCAAGAAUGGAGAGAAUUGUGGCAUGCUUUCUUCCAAUACUGUAUCUGAGUGUGUCUAAGCAAAGCGGAAAGUAUUAAUGUCAAUCUGCUACUGUAAAAAUGACUGGCCCCUACUGCCUCAGAUGUUCCUUGUGUAAAAUACAGCCAUGUGUCUUAAAAACGCUUUUAAACUUUUAACCUCAGUGUUUGCAGGAAUAUCUGUGCGUUUAUCAAGAUGGGUAAAAUCUCUACAAGGGAAAAUAACGUGGCUGCAAGCAGUGCAGUACUUUUGGUGCCAGUGAAUUCAGUAGCGAUGAAUGGUACACAGAUCUGCACUGGACGAUGCCUGAGGGGGUAUCUGUUUUGUAUGAUAGUUAGUUUGAUAGCUCAGUUGUCCAGUAGUCAGGAUUUUAAAUUAUUUGUGAAGAGAUACCUGUAUUUUUUCAAAAAUAAAAUAGAGUCCUAAGACUG